AUGCGUGAGAUUUCGAAUAGUUAUAGAUUUUUGUUGGCGGUCGCUAUCAUCGCUGAAGUAACAGGUUCAACAUUCUUAGUGAAAUCGCAAGGCUUCACAAAGUUAGUCCCGAGUUUACUGGUGCAGGACAUUGAUAAAAGCACGAAGCAGAAAAUGCUUAUCAACGCAAAAAAGAUCCUGAAGGUGUUAAAAAAUUAA